UGAAAAUAGAGAAGAUGUUGGGAAAAGGUAACUUUGGUACUGUUUACAAAGCGGUUAUGAACAGAAAGAGAGUUGUUGCUGUAAAAGCUCUUCAAGACACUAAUAAUCACGAGGCAAUAAAUCAGUUCAUUGAAGAAGGUCUGAAAAUGAAAAGUCUUAAUCAUCCCAACGUUAUAAACUUGAUAGGCAUCUGCUGGCAACAAGACAAUCUUGGCGGUUCACCACGCCUUGCUCCACUUAUUGUCUUGCCUUACAUGGAACUUGGCGACUUAAAGAAAUUUCUCAGAAACCAGCGCUUACAGGAAAUGACACAACAAAAGAGCGUGAAGGUCUCGCUGUUGCUAAAGUUUGUUCUACAGAUAGCAAAGGGUAUGGAGUACUUGGCCAGCAAAUCUGUUCUUCACCGAGAUCUUGCUGCUAGAAACUGCAUGUUGGAUUGGAAUACAAAUAUACGAGUAGCAGAUUUUGGACUGUCUCAUAUUCUGCCCGAAGGCAAAGACUAUUACCGUACACAAAAGCAAAUGGAGCUUCCUGUGAAGUGGAUGGCUCCAGAAAGUCUAUGUCAUCGUCUGUUUACGACACAGUCAGAUGUUUGGUCUUAUGGUGUCACGAUUUGGGAAGUGAUAACGCUUGCACAAGUUCCAUAUUCAGAAAUUGGUAAUGAGAAGGUUCUCUCGUACAUUACAAGCGGUGGAAGGAUGUCACAGCCCAACAACUGCCCACAGAAAAUCUACGACAUCAUGAGCCAAUGUUGGCAAUUUGAAGCCAAUCUUCGUCCUUCAUUCACGACGAUUGUGAACGACAUAGAAACAUUUCUGAGUGCGUACAGAGGAUACUUAGUUGUGGAUGCUACGUUUCAGCCGCAGAACAGUGAUAUAGCUUCUUUCCAACAACUAGCUGUAUCUCAUAUAGCAUCCACCAAUGAGGACAUCGAAUCCGAGGAAUGUGUUGAAACUUCUUUCCAGCUAUCAGAAAUGCCUUAUUUUGAGGCAGCUGCUGAUACAGCAACGGUUAAUGAACACAAUAUUCAACCGCAACUGGGCAAAUUCAUUUCUUUGAAGCAACGAUAUAUGGAUGAUGUUGAAGAAGCUGACCAUACAACAUCAAAGAAGCAGAGCGUCAUUGUCUACUGCACUGCAGUAUGAAGUCUACAAGAGAAAAAUUGAUAAAGCCAAACUAAAUUAGGUAGCUAUAGUAGAUCAAGUGUUUCAGUCACUUGCAAAAGUUUGAGUAGAGUAAAGGCAUGCAGCAGUGAUUAGAGAUAGGGCGUUUGUUUGUAGCCAGGUAUCUUUUGAACUACGAGUGUAAAGAAGUGCUGCAAUUGAUGACGGGGAGCAGCAGUAAUAUUGAUGACAGAUGAGGGUUUUUAUUAUUUAACUCCUCUGUCAGUUUAUUGUUUGGAUAGACAUGCUGAACUAGUUAGAAGUAGACAGAAGCAUUCAUAGUUCUAUUAAUUAAUUAUAAUCUAGAAUAGUAGAAGAAUAGAACGAUUAUUAUUGCAGCAUGAGUUGAGAAUCUGACGUUAAUGAAACAAAUCUUGCUGUCUGUCUGUUUGUCUAUUUGUCAGUCCGUCUGUCUCUGUGUUCGUUUGUCUAUACUUUAGGAGUUUAGUUUAAGUUGAUUCAGGUUAACGCAUACAAAUUUGUUUUUAUUUAUUGGGAAGUCUUGUAAAUUAUUUUGCA